AUUGAGUUUGUUGCUGUGAUUUUAUAUUGAUCAAUGUGUCGAUGGUAAUUUAAAUUUUCAAGAACAAAGUUAAAACUCAAAUGUCACGACAGUGUGUAUUUUCUUGAAAAGGUCGAUGGACUAUUCCUGAAGGUGUUUUAUUGUCGUUUUCAAAUUCAGAGGAACUAGGAAAUAUUCGUGAUUAGCGAACCAAUUCUCAACAGUCACCAGGAAGUGUGAUUGGUGAUUGGCGAUUUUUCUACGAUGCAUAGUUGACUGAUAAAAAUCGAACUUCAGCGUCGUGUCGCUAAGCAACGUUUUCUAGAGCCGAUUGCUCUGUGUCCUGUCACCAAUCCCGAGCAGAAGCGAGUGUGACGUCACUCACGAUGCCACCACCGACCAGUCCUCCGUAUCAGUCGACAGCGCGUCCGCUGCUCGGCGUAAAAGCCCGGAAUUCCCCGAGCGCUACACAUCAAACAAAUAGCAGUACUCGAGUAGCUCAGCAAUCAGCUUUCAAUAGUGUCGCGUCAAGCAUGGGAAACGGAGCUAGUGCUACAAAGAUUAUUAUAGAUGGUGAAACACUAGAUCUCGUUAAAAUUAAACAAAUCAUCCCCGAACUUCGCAAAGAGUUAAAACAAAAAGAUGCAAGAAUACAACAGUAUGAGCAUGAAGUAUUUGAAAAGAAUAAGCUCUUGGAAGAAAAGACUGCGGAUGUGUCCAGGCUUAAAGAGGAAGUUCAUAAACUUAAGUCAGUGUUGCAAUUAAAGGUUCACAAGGAUGGUAAGCCAGAUAUUCUUGCAAGCAUCCAAGAGGAUGCCCCACCCACGGGCCAUGAACGGGCCAAGAAACAGGGAGUCUCGGGAGAGAGCCCCAUGUCGGUCGGGGAUGGACAGAUUGAGAUUAAACACUUUGACAAAGACUUCAGAUCUAAGCAGCUGAUCAAGGAUGCCAUCUUGGACAACGAUUUCCUUAAGAAGCUUGACUCGACCCAAAUUCGCGAGGUCGUCGAGUGCAUGUAUGAGAAGCAGGUCCGAGCGGGACACUACAUCAUUCGCGAGGGGGAUGCGGGACAACAUUUGUACGUCGCUGCAGAUGGCGAUUUUGAAGUCCUUAAAGAUAACAACGUUCUUGGGAAAAUGGCCGCAGGUCGAGCGUUUGGUGAACUGGCUAUUCUGUAUAACUGCACAAGAACAGCAUCGGUCAGAGCCCUAUCUGACGUGCGAGUAUGGGUGCUGGAUCGACGUAUCUUCCAGGCGAUUAUGAUGAAAACGGGAAUACAGAGACAGGAAGAAAAUGUCAACUUCCUCAAAAGUGUGCCUUUACUGCGGUCCUUGCCUGCCGAGAAACUUGCCAAACUUGCCGAUGUCCUUGAAGUGGACUUUUUCCAUGAGGGAGAAUACAUUAUUCGAGAAGGUGCGACCGGUGAUUCGUUCUUUAUCAUCAUUAAGGGCGAGGUGAAAGUCACUCAGACGAUAGCUGGCUUCGAUGAACCACAGGAAGUGCGCAAGCUCAAAAGGGGAGAUUACUUUGGGGAGAAAUCAUUACUCAGGAAGACCCUAGCAGCAGUUGUGGGUGAAGACAGAAGAACUGCGAAUGUGAAUGCCCUGGCCCCAGGUGUUGAGUGCCUCACGGUGGACAGGAAUUCGUUCAAUCAGUUGAUAGGAACGCUGAGCGAACUCCGAGAGAAAGAUUACGGAGAUGAGGCGAGAGGAGUCACGAGGACGAGCCAAAGUGGUACAGCAGAUGGGCUGGUGUCACCAACGGUUGACCGGAUCGAUCCUGAGUACCAGUUUGUUCGGUUGGAGGACAUGGAAAUUGUCGCCACUCUCGGAAUGGGAGGAUUUGGAAGGGUGGAAUUGGUUCAGUUGGCGGCUGACCGCAGCAAGACGUACGCGCUCAAGUGCCUUAAGAAGAAACACAUUGUGGAAACACGUCAACAGGAGCACAUCUACUCUGAGAAGAAGAUCAUGAUGGAGUGUCGAUCUCCGUUUAUAACCAGGUUGUACAAGACGUUCAAAGACCGCAAGUUUGUGUACAUGCUGCUGGAGGUUUGUCUCGGCGGGGAGGUUUGGACAAUUUUGCGAGACCAUGGCAGUUUUGACGAGGUAACAUCGCGCUUCGUUGUCGCCUGCGUCCUUGAGGCAUUCCAGUAUCUGCAUUCCAAGGGGAUCAUCUAUCGAGAUCUGAAACCAGAAAAUCUGCUUCUAGAUGACCGAGGUUAUAUUAAACUGGUUGACUUUGGUUUUGCAAAGAAGAUUGGUUUUGGCCGUAAGACUUGGACAUUCUGCGGGACCCCAGAGUAUGUGGCGCCAGAAAUCAUUCUCAACAAGGGUCAUGACUAUGCUGCCGAUUACUGGUCUCUAGGAAUACUCAUGUUUGAACUGCUCACUGGCAGUCCACCAUUCUCAGGCUCCGAUCCGAUGAGGACCUACAACAUCAUCUUAAAGGGUAUCGAUAUCAUCGAAUUUCCAAAGAAAAUCUCACGUAAUGCUCACGUCCUCAUCAAGAAACUAUGCCGUGACAACCCCACAGAAAGACUGGGCUACGGCAAGAAUGGAAUUGUAGAUAUUAAGAAAAACAAAUGGUUCCAGGGCUUUGACUGGGCGGGCUUGACCAACAGAGCCAUGUCACCUCCUCUUAUUCCAAAGGAACAAAAGUUACUUGAUUGGAAAAAGGUAAAAGGGCCAGCGGACUACAGCAACUUUGACCACUAUCCAAAGUCUCUUGAGGUACCUCCAGAUGAACUGUCUGGCUGGGAUGCUGACUUCUGAGACUUGUGCUAGUAAAGCUUCUGUGAUAUAUAUUUGUAUGUUCAGUCUUAAAUGUGGAUUUUAGCUGCCUAACAACCAUGUAAAGGGGCUGCUUGGCAACAAUGUCACCUAGAUGCAAAGUCACCUAGCAACAUGGUAACUGAGAAAGCAUGCUUACUUAGCUCGAGUGUCACUUAAAAAUGUGGUAACCACGCAAUAAAGUUACCUAGCUGCAAAGUCACCUAAUAUCAUAGUAACCAAGCAGCAAGAUCAUCCAGCUACGAAGUCACCUAGUAACAUGGUAACCAAGCAUCAAAAUUGUCCAGCUUUAGAUUGACCUUCCAACAUGGUUACCAAGCAACAAGAUCAUCCAGAUAAAAAGUCACCUAGCAACAUGGUAACCAAGCAAAACAAUUGUUCAGCUUUAAAGUGACCUACCAACAUGGUUACGAAACAACAAGAUUGUCGACCUACAAAAUAACCAAUUCAACAAGACCACUAGCAAAAGGUGACCUAUUGAAAAUAUAUUCUAGGCACAUGAUUUGGCCACUUGGCUAUUGACAAGGCCAUGGGGGUACAAGGUAGCCUAGCCUAGCAGUUAUGUCAACAUGGUAACCACAUAAUUGCAAGGUAGCCUAGCAACAUGGUAACCUGGAGACUAGGUUACUAACCAACAUAAUUAGCAAGCUCCAUAGCAACAGAGAACAAAAUGGAGAACUAGUAUUGAAUAUGUCUGCUGAAAAAGACUGUGUCUGGAAGCUCAAUAUAGGUGAUGUUCCACUUACUAUUCUGAGAUUAUGUAGACAGAUUUCAUAUUUCAUUAACAUAAUAUGUCAUUUUUCAUAAACAUUUUUUCAUUGUAUUCCACAUUGUAUAAAAUGGGAUCAGUAUUCUUUUGAACGUUCACAUUCAGCCAAAAUAUUAUCAUACAUCUUAGCUUUUGUAUAAAAUAAAAAAUACAUACAGAGAAAUUCUCUGUGUAAGCAGUGGACAUAUUUCAAAGUAUUGUCAUUUACUUACUUCUGUUAAGGUAUUUGUAUAAAGUAUUUUUGUUUGGUUAAUACAGUGUUGACCAUUAUAUACAAUAAAGAAUAGUACUGAAGCAAACAAGUAAGUUUUAAUGUAUUUUAUUGUUUUAUAUUGUUAAAUGCUUCCAAAUAAUACAUAUUUCUAGAUUCUGAUGAAAUUACAAAUAAAUCUUUGCACUCUGUUUCAUGUUCUUUGAACUUAAUCUAAGUCAUCUACCUCACAAAAAUGAACACUAGUCUUUUGUCAUACAGGUUUUUUAGCACUCUAUCCUAGGAUCAUUAUUUCUGUACGUGAUAUAUCUUUAGGAUAUAUAGAUUUUAUACUGUAGAGUACACACUUUUCUAUGCAUUAAUCUAGCAAGACUGUAUAGUUACACCAAGAUGGGCAAAUGUAUGCUUGAAAAGACUGCUUUAUUGAAGUAUGUAAAAAAAAAUAAGAAAACAUGUUUUUGUUCUAUAUUGGUUAUUUUAAGCAUCGUGUUGAAGAUACUUUGAUACUCUUCAAAUAUAUUGUAAAAAAAGAGAACAGGAAUCAAAGGCUUAAAGAAAUUCUUAAUAAAUAAUAUAAAUAUAACUUAUUUUUUUUCUUUUUUUAUUAAAGUUGUAUGUGGGUUGCUAAAGAGGCCCUAGUACUACUUAUAAAGUUUCUGUUAUUAUUUUCCCCAAACUUGAAGAAAAAUAAAUUUUAUUCUGUUUAUUGAAAAUAUUGCUUGGUUUUUUGUUGAUACAUGCAUGAUUAAUGUUUAACUUACUGUAACCUUAAAGGCAAAGCUCCCUUAUGUUCUAAGAAAUGAGGACAGUCUAUUUCACCCUUCACUGAUACAAACGUUAAAGGCCCUCAUAGUUGAUAUUAUAAGUCACGGGGUUAGUAGGUGACCUGAUACAGGAUAUAUGGGGCAAAGGAAACCAGCUGGAGCCUGAAUAUGGUUUCCUGUGCCCCUAUAUCCCAUGUCGGGUUACUUACUUACCCUGUAACAUAUAUAUCACAUUAACAACCUGUUUACAUAUUUAAAUGUUUCAUUUAUUCAUCGGAAUCGGAAAAUAAACGCCAUUUUCGUACGGUAUAAAUUUGGUGACCCAAUAUGGGAAUACAUUAUGACCAGUCCUGUACCAUUGGUGCUGCAUCAUUUAUGUUGGAGGCAUGAUAUAUCCAGAUAUCUUUAAAGUAAUAACGGUCCCACCAUAUCGCUUAUGACUUUCAAACAAAUUAAUCUACAAAUAUAUUGUAUCAGGACCUCACAAAGUUAAACUUGUGUAUCUAAGGAAACCAAAUAUCAGGGAGCUUUGCCCUAACGAAGAAAUAUGUUUAUCCAGGAAUAUCUUUGAUUCAUACGUUUAAUGAUUGGAGAGUAAGUGAAUAUUUCCUCUGCAAGGUUUCAUCAUUCUGCAAUUGAUAUAAUUUGCUUGUUAUUGAUUUUGUAAAUACAUGUUAUGUUAAGGUACUGUUAUGUUAUUUUUUUGUAUUGUAUUUCAUUGAUGACAUUUGAUAAAAAACAGAUCUAGUAAAUAAAAUAAAACUUGA